CACCGACCCAAGCACAUAAUGGCUGGCGGUUGGAGAAAGUUUGCUGUUGGACUGCACUUCAUCGCUAAGAAACGGACUGGACGGUUCUCCGAGAAGGUCCCGUUUUCUUAGGGCGGUAAAGAUAUGCACGGGUGGGGAAGGGGUGGUAGGAGAAACCAGAACAGCUCUGAACCAUGCUAAUGAACCGUGCUCUAUCGGUAAAGAGGCCCAGCUCGCGGUUUGAGCCUGUGCCGGGGUGGGUUAUGUGAUAGGCCAAAAAGUACAUUUCCCAGCAUCCAUGCGGUGACGGAACUAUCUUUCCCAAAAGCCUGUGCGUGAGCCAUCCAGACUUCCGCCUCCUCCCGCCAACUGGAGAACUGGGGACAUGAGGAGUGGCUGGGCUUUACGGUUCCUGCGCUGUGAUGGCAGAGGGGGCUACCGGAUUUCUCCGCACCGCAGACGUUUCUCGCUUGUCCUGCGGAGAGACUUCUUAACCACAACAACCAAGGAAGGAUAUGAUGUCAGGCAAGUGGACAUAACUCCUUUAGAGCAAAGGAGAUUAACUUUUGAUACGCAUGCUUUGGUUCAAGACUUGGAAACUCAUGGAUUUGACAAAGCACAAGCAGAAACAAUUGUAUCAGCCUUAAGCAGUUUAUCGAAUGUCAGCCUGGAUACUAUCUAUAAGGAAAUGGUCACUCAAGCUCAACAGGAAGUAACCGUACAACAGUUAAUGGCUCAUUUGGACUCCAUUAGAAAAGAUAUGGUCAUCCUAGAGAAAAGUGAAUUUGCAAAUCUGAGAGCAGAGAACGAGAAAAUGAAAAUUGAAUUAGACCAAGUUAAACAGCAACUGAUAAAUGAAACCAGUCGAAUCAGAGCAGAUAAUAAACUGGACAUCAACCUAGAAAGGAGCAGAGUAACAGAUAUGAUCAAGAAAAGAAACUUAUGGAAGCGACCACAGAAUUUACCAAAAAGGAUAAUCAAACCAAAAGUGUUAUUUCAGAGACCAGUAAUAAAAUUGACACUGAAAUUGCUUCCUUAAAAACACUGAUGGAAUCUAACAAACUUGAGACAAUUCGUUAUCUUGCAGCCUCAGUGUUUACCUGCCUCGCAAUAGCCUUGGGAUUUUAUAGAUUCUGGAAAUAACCAAACUAUUAUAUUAUGCUCCUACUGCUGCUACUGUUGACUUCUUAGAACACUACACCAAAGGUCUGUUGAAUUGUCAGUGACCAUUAUCAGUUGCAGCAACAACUAACUAUAAUAAGAGUAUUCAAAGCACUUAUGAACUAAAAACUGUUUUACGAUAGAAGUUUCAUUUAUCUUUAUUUUGUGAUGUUGAAAAGCUGCUGUUCAAAACUUGACUGACUUAAGAAGGGUAGUUUAUUCUCCUUUUGAUAGUUUAUAGAACUGAACCAGAGUUUUCUUGUGUUUGCUUGAACAACUGUGUAAAUCAUAUAGGGUUUCUUUGAUAUGUGCUACAGAUUUGAAAACUACUUCCAAGCCUACACUUCAUAUUGUAUUCAACUUUCCUGAUAACUGUUGUACAAUUACACUUUUAUAUGAAAUAAAAGAUUAUUAUAACAAAGUUGUUUGGAUUUUAAAAGUGACAUCAUAGAGCUGGAGAUGAUUUUUUUUUUUAAUUGAAACUGUAUAUUUUAAAAUAAUGUAUGCCUUGAUACAAGUGCAUAACAGUUAAUGUUUUACAUCUGUAGAGUUGCUAAAUACUGAGCUCUGAUUAUUGCAUGAAUUUUUCAAAUUUCUGAUUUACAAAAAAACAUUUUAUCCCCACUUCAGGAACCCAUUGUAAAUUUAUUAAACAAAGCUUUUAUUUUUUUUAUUAAUGAUUCACUUAAAUUCAGCAAACAUCCAUUGAUACAUGAUCCUGACUCUCAAGAAGCUCAAGGGGAAAUUCAAAUAUUUUGUUGUUAUUGGGUCUACUGUUUUUUGUUUAACAGUAUCAAUUAAUAAUACAUAUAUAAUUUCAGGGAAAUUACAAAAUAUCAUUUUCAUCUCAGUCUCUUUAGUUUUACCCAGAUCAAGAAGCCAAGGCCAGGAAGGGCUAAACAUUUCAAAAGAUUUCAAAUGCCCUCACAAGGGGAUUCUAAGAUAAAAAUGAAUUAGAGUAUAACAGAACAAUGUUAAAAUAUAAAUAGAAGAUUUUUGUUUCAAAAACAACUUAGCAGUCAUACCUUUGAAGCAAACUUAGUUGGAAAGGCUCUGAGUCUGCACCACUCUCGACUGUUCUACGCUUCAGAUAUUUAUAACUAUUUAUAACUAAACAAAUGACAAGGUUAUUCUGAAUAACUGAUAGAUUAUAUUAUUACUAGCACACUGUUGAUUAAUUUUUAUUGGAUUAGUAAAUAAAGACCAUAAAGAUUAAAGUCCAUCUGUAGCAAACUCUACAGUGCAUUUUUCAGUCAGAUAUGCCUACUGUGUGCCAGGGAACAU